GGCCCUCUUCCUUGAAGAGGAGAGCUCGGAGGCACGGGGACGCGCAUCCCCUGUCCCGGCUGGGCAGUCUCCGGCCGCUCUCGCAAGCGGCAGGACGGACCCCGCGGCUGCGCGCAGCAAUCCCGCUCGGGGAAGGCGGCGACGGGGGCCCGGCAGGAGGGAUGGAUGACCGCAGCCGUGCUGGGGCCCGCCCCUGCGCCGCAUGCACCGGCCUGCGCGCCGGGGCCCAGGCGCAGAGCCGCACUGCAGACUGGGCUGGACACAGCAGCAGCAAUGCUGCAGGUAAGGUGCAGCUGGGCCACAUCCUCCGACCCUGCUGUGUGCUGGAACACACGGGCCCAGCGUGGUGGAUGCCCUAACGUCCCUGCUCUAGCUGCCUCUCUCCUAGCGCUGAGCACGGCUGAUAUAACAUGGGAUGUCCCAGCGGCUGGCCGGGGGCUGCCCUUGCCCUUCUGCUGCUACUGCUGCUCAGCCUCCUGGCGCUCUGCUUGGCAGCACUGGAGGAACUGGAGCCCACCACUGACAGGCAGCCGCGAACAGUGUGCACCCUGCAGGAGGGGGAGAGUCGCAUCUUCACCUGCUGGGUUCCCCGGCCCGUCCCCGGUGCCACACUGGCCUGGUACCUCAACGGUCAGAAACAGGAACUCAACCUCUCGACUGCAGACACUGCCAGCAUCCUCACCCUCACCGGCCAGCACUCCGACCACCAGCUCAACUGCUCCCUGACCAUCCCGACCUCCAGUGAGACCUACAACACCUCCAUCCUUCUCAAUGUGCAGUGUAAGGUCUGCGGCGCCGGCCUGCUCCAGACUGGGAUGUGGGGAGGGCGUGUGGGGCUCCCAUCCAGCUCAGGCAGGACCAUAACCUACAUCCAUCACAGCCAUAGCUGGGCAGCAUCUUAUCAGUCCUGUGCAAAUGACGUAGACGAGCGCUCCCGGACCCGGGCGAGACAAAUCCUGCUCCCAGCUGUGUUGUCCCCAUCCGUCCUCCCCAUCUCAUUGCCUGUUUUUUACCCAGAUAAGCCAGAGAUCCUGUGGGAAGAUGCCCACUACCAGCAGGUUGAGAGCGCUGGCCUUCUCCUGGUGCUCUUUGUGCUGGUGCAAACCAACCCACCUGCCAGCACCACCUGGGUGGACCAGGAUGGGCACGUGAUGGCCAACACCUCCAAGCUUCUCCUCCUGGGUGCCAACCACUCACUCCACAUCCAUCUCAGCUGCACAGCUGGAAACCUCUCCAUCAGUGCAGCCAACAGUGUGGGCAUCACCACUGCCUCCCUCCUGCCCACAGGUCUGCUGGAUGCCCGUGUGGAGCUGCCUGUCCUGGGUGUUGCCAUUGGAGCAGCCCUGGCCCUAGCUGCCCUGCUCAGCCUGGGCUCCUGUGCUGCCUGCCUGGCAUGCCGCUUGCCCCAGCUUGUGCAAGGUCCAGGGCAAGCAGGAGGGAACAGCCCACCCAGCCAAUGCUCCCAUUGCAGCAGCUCUGAGCCCCCGCAGCCCCAGGGCACACGACUGCCCCACCAGACCCAGUCCCUGCCACCCAACCUGCGCCUCAGUGACCUUGCACAAGAAGGAGGUAAAACCCUGAUGUGUCAGUGCACUGAGACAUGUGGGGCCCCAGGUCCUGCCUGGGUGAGGGAUAGAUGUCCUGGCUCUCAUUCCCUUGCUUCCCUGCAGCUUCCCCCAAAGAUGCAGGAGCCAGUGCUAGGGGAGAAGAAAGUGCCCUGCUGGGACUGGAAAACUCCCUGGUCCUCAGCAAGCUUGGUUUUGUCCAGCUCCCAAAGUCUGGGCGCAUCUACAAAGUGCCCAGCAUGAGCAGUGAUGAGAUCUGGCUGUGAGCUGCAGUGUGGUGCCAGUGAGCCAGGGCUGCCCGGCACCAGGUAGGUACCAGCCCCCGGAGCCGAGCAGCUGAGGGUGCCAGGAAGGCCGUGAUGGGAAGCAGCAGCUGACCAGCCCCAGUUCUGUGCUGUGCUGUGCAGGGCUUGGGAGCUGCACUGUCAGCCAAGGCAUGGUUUUAUGUAGUCCCUGAACUUUACCAAUAUUCUCUUAUAAUCAAAAUGCAUCAAAACUGUUUAUAGCCAGGCUCUAGCACUGUGAUUCCUCUUGGGGUAAAGCCAAG